CCACCGUCCACGCCAAAUGCGCCUCCAUACUCGCGCUCAGCGCGAUUCACGGACUCCUCCAAUACCAACUCCCCAGGCAUGACAGUGGUUGUCAUGAAUGUACAUGACCCAACCACAUGCUCAACUGGCUUUAAGGCAAAUCUCCCCAGCCUGGGAUCACGCCCCCAACGAACAGGCUUCUCAACCACACCAGCCAAUGUUGGAGCCAGCCGAUCCUGCACCAUACAGAACUUCAAAUCAUCCGGUCGCGUCGUCAAUGUUCCCACCAAAGCACUGGUCACAGGCCGAUGCGCAUCCACCGCCGCCCAAAACCCUCGGCCAAAGUGA